UUUUCUUUAGGAACCAGAAGAGGAUAUAUUUAGGCAAAAACAACAGAUAUCUGUGUUUCUCCAUGGUGGUUGGGGAAAAACAUAAUUUGGGGAUUUUGGGUUCAUAUACGGUAAAGCAACAUAAUCAAAGACAACUGUAAUUAUCCCCCCCCCACCCCCAGCCCCAGCCCCAGCCCCCUGUCAACAGAGCAGCUAAACAUUAGCUUCAGACAGCACUGGUCCCAUGACCAGACUGGAAAGGCGUGUCAACUCCAACCAGCUCAAUAUAUAAACCAACCUCCAACAGGAACCUGCAAACAUUAUUCAGGCUGCUGGACUCCGCUGGUCUGUGCUCGGACAGCGGCUGACAACAUCCUCUCACAGAGCAGGACACAGAGCAGGACACACGCUGCACUGGACACGUUCACUUUGGGUUCACAUUGUGUAUCAUCAGAAGCUCACCGUCAUGAUGGAUGUCUCUGCCAUCUCUAUGACCUGUCAUUUUAUGAUGAAACCUGCACACAAACCCUGCAUACCUAGCUAGCAAUAAAUUUAAAUUGCUUCCCAUUAGCACCUUCAGAGCUGGACUAAGGGUUUUUUUUUUUUUUUUAUCCUUUUUGUGGUCGAAAUUUAUUUAUAUAUACUUAUUACCUCAUAAGUCACUGUCAAACCACAAUAACUUGGUUUGGUAUAACUCUAAUCAUUUUAAUUUAAUUAAACUGCAAGUAGUGAUGGAUACAACUACACUAGCAACCCUGGCUUCUGCCACUACCGUGGCUGUGGCCUCCCAGUCUGACAUGUCAGGCUACCUGUGGCUGUUGGUGAUUGGCUUCAUCAGCUUCAUCCUGGCUUUCUCUGUGGGGGCAAACGACGUGGCCAACUCCUUUGGUACGGCAGUGGGCUCUGGGGUGGUCACCCUGCGGCAGGCCUGUAUCCUGGCCACUAUCUUUGAGACGGUGGGCUCAGUGCUGCUGGGGGCCAAAGUGAGCGAGACCAUCCGACAGGGCAUUAUUGACGUCCAGAUGUACAACGGCUCUGAACAUGUCCUGAUGGCAGGAUCAAUAAGUGCGAUGUUUGGCUCUGCUGUGUGGCAGCUGGCUGCGUCAUUCCUGAAGCUCCCCAUUUCUGGAACCCACUGUAUUGUUGGAGCUACAAUUGGCUUCUCCAUGGUAGCCAGAGGUCACCAAGGGGUCAAAUGGCUGGAGUUACUGCGCAUUGUGUCGUCCUGGUUCCUGUCACCUGUGCUAUCAGGCAUCAUGUCAGGAAUCCUCUUCUACUUCGUUCGCAAAUUCAUUCUGAACAAGGUUGACCCUGUACCCAACGGCCUCAGAGCUCUUCCUAUCUUCUAUGCUAUCACUAUGGGCAUCAACCUCUUCUCCAUCAUGUUUACAGGAGCACCAUUGCUGGGUUUUGACAGAGUGCCAUGGUGGGGCACACUGUGCAUCUCACUGGGCUGUGCCUUCAUCACAGCUGUGGUCGUUUGGUUCCUUGUCUGCCCACGCCUCAAGAAGAAAAUCAAACGAGAAACAGCUGCUGCUGCCCCGUGUGAAACUCCCUUAAUGGAGAAGAACUCCAGCAAACCUGAAGAAGCAGAGCAGCCCUCAAUACCAUGUGACCCUCGACCCCAGACCCCUCCAGCAGACAGUGAGAAGGUGGCUUUCAAGCUUGGAGGUUCAGAGGAGGCUGAUUUGGACAACAAUGAUAUGGAAACCAAAGACCUGGAUAUCAGCAAUGGUCUGAAUGGCACUGUUGGCCCCAUGGUGAUCACUGACCCGCACAGUGGACGGUCCCACACGAUCCACAAGGACUCUGGCCUUUACAAAGACCUGCUACACAAGCUGCACAUGGCCAAAGUCGGUGACUGUAUUGGUGACGGUGACACAGAGGAGCGUCCCAUCAGGAGGAACAACAGCUACACCUCUUACACAAUGGCCAUAUAUGGUAUCCAAGGAGAUCCUAAAUACAAGGACCUGGAUGGUGGGCUACAGAGAAGAUCAAGAGUGGACAGUUACAGCAGCUACAGCUCAGCAGUGACCAGCGGGAGCACAGUCCAGGAUGGGAGUGUGACUCAGGAAGCUGUCAGGGACCUCGCCGUGGAGGAGGAUGAGCUGGAGGUCGACCAACCAGCUGUCUCCUCGCUUUUCCAGUUCCUGCAGAUACUCACGGCGUGCUUUGGCUCCUUUGCUCACGGAGGGAACGACGUCAGCAAUGCCAUUGGCCCACUGGUUGCUCUCUGGCUUCUGUAUGAGAGUGGCUCCGUGGUGUCCAACUCACCCACACCCAUCUGGUUGCUUCUGUAUGGCGGCGUUGGCAUCUGCACCGGCCUCUGGGUGUGGGGCCGGAGGGUGAUCCAGACCCUGGGCAAAGACCUUACCCCAAUUACACCCUCCAGUGGUUUCAGCAUCGAACUGGCUUCAGCAAUCACAGUUGUCGUGGCAUCGAAUAUUGGCCUUCCUGUCAGUACAACCCACUGCAAGGUGGGCUCUGUGGUGGCCGUGGGAUGGCUGCGCUCCAGGAAAUCAGUUGACUGGCAUCUGUUCAGGAACAUCUUCAUCGCCUGGUUCGUCACAGUUCCUAUCUCUGGGCUGAUCAGUGCUGCCAUCAUGGCGCUCUUCACCUAUGUUAUUCUGUGAGCUUCUCGCUGUUAUUUCAAGCAACAGACUGCCACCAACAGAGGUUGUUAGAAUGACGGAUAAAGCUGUGCAAGUGAACAUGUUCCAUUUGUUCUCCAUUAAUGAUGUAUAUUAUAUCAUUCAGUGUCAUUUCAAAGUCAGACCAGUGACGUCAUCUCACAGCGAUGUGUCCAUGAAUGAUGUAGGAUCUAAUAACACUGACAUCUGUCAUACUGUAUAUCCCUAUGUAUAUUUGUACAAAACCUAUAUGUAUUAAAAAUCAUAUUAUUCAGUUGUGACUGAAAAAGAACAAAUAACAGUUAUAUCUUAAUGUUUGUGUAUUUGGAUACAAUAAAACAAGGACCUGCUUGAUUUUAA